AUGAGCUUCAUGAUGAUUGGCUACAGCAACUCCCACAACCAAGAUCAUAAGAGUAUAUUCGAAAAGCGCGAUGGCCAAUACCUCAGCAUUGUUGGGAAUACGAUAUCGCGUGUCAGAAAUACGGGAUCGCUGCGCAGGUACACCGGAAAACUGGCCGGCCUGGAGGUGCAGGGCGAUGAUGCGAUGCAUGAGGUCUGGGUCGACCCAAGCAAGGCGCCUAAUGAACAUAUCGAAAGCGCGUUGCCAGUGUGCUUUUGGUACUCGUUGAACGGUAGGCAGGGUAAAGGCAAUAUCAUGAAACCGGAGAGCCAGACAAGCGACAGAUACUUCAAGCAGAGAUUCGGGGGGAGCGCGAAGUUGUAGAAGCUGGAAGACUACAUAGC